AUGUUCGAGAAAUACAACGAAAAAGCGCGCCGAGCGCUGUUCUUUGCUCGCUACGAGGCGUCCAAAUUGGGCAGCAGGGUGAUCGAGUCCGAGCACGUCUUGCUCGGGGUGCUGCGCGAAGGCGAAGAGUCGGUCAUGCAAGUGCUGGCUCACUUCGAAGUCAAGCCCGAAGCGCUGCGGCGGGAGAUCGAGGGCGAGCGUGUGUUCGUCGAGCGCAUCUCCUCGACCGCCGAGCUGCCGCUUUCAGAAGAGACCAAGAAGAUCCUCGCCUAUGCCUCUCACGAAGCCGAGAGCAUGCUCCAUCAGGCGGUCGGCUCCGAGCACUUGCUGAUCGGCGUGCUGCGGGUCGAGAGCAGUUUGGCGAUGCGCAUCUUGACCCACGCGGGGCUAGAUCUCUACGAGGUUCGCAAGGAGGUGUUGGCGAUGGCCAAGGAGCGCGAGGCGGUCCAGCAGAAGAAAGAGCUGCCCUUCCUGACCGAGUAUGGCCGCGAUCUGACCGGUCUGGCGAUGCAGGGCGUCUUUGACCCGCUGAUCGGCCGCGAGUUCGAGGUCGAGCGCAUUAUCCAGGUACUGUCCCGGCGCACCAAGAACAACCCGAUCUUGCUCGGCGAGCCCGGGGUCGGCAAGACCGCCAUCGUCGAGGGUCUGGCGCAGCGCAUCGUCGAGGAUCAGGUGCCGGUGUUUCUACGCGACCAGCGGAUCAUCUCGCUCGACCUGUCGCUGAUCGUCGCCGGCACCAAGUACCGUGGCCAGUUCGAGGAGCGCCUCAAAGGGAUCCUGAAGGAGCUCAAGGACUCGGACGAUCUGGUCGUCUUCAUCGACGAGAUCCACUCCCUGAUCGGUGCCGGCUCGGCCGAGGGCUCGCUCGAUGCGGCCAAUAUCUUGAAGCCCGCCUUGUCGCGCGGCGAGGUCUCCUGCAUCGGAGCGACGACGCUCAAGGAGUACCGCAAGUACAUCGAGAAAGACCGCUCGCUGCUGCGCCGCUUCCAGGCGGUCAACAUCGAGCCACCGACUGCCGAAGAGACCUUCGAGAUCCUCGCCGGGGUCAAGGAUCGCUACGAGUCGUUCCAUAAGGUGAGUUACACCGAAGCGGCCCUGCGGACCGCGAUCUACCAGACUGAUCGCUACAUCCCCGACCGCUUCCAGCCCGACAAGGCGAUCGACGUGAUGGACGAGGCCGGCGCCAAGGUCAAGCUGCGACGGGUGCGCGACACCCAGAGCGUGCACGGCAUCGAGGAAGAGGUCCGGCGGGUCGAAAAGCAGAUGAAAUCGGCGAUCUCGGAAAAGGACUUCGAGCGCGCGGUCUACCUGCGCGAGCGCGAGAUCGACCGCCGCGAAGAGCUCGAACGGCUCACCGUGGGACUCGAGGAAGUGGCCUUUGUCGAAGUCACCGAGCGUGACAUCGAGGAGGUCGUCGCCGCCUGGACCGGGGUUCCGGUGGCCAGCCUGCAGACCGAAGAGGCCGAGCGCCUGAUGCACAUGGAAGACACCCUGCACCAAUGGGUGGUGGGCCAGGAUCGGGCGAUCAGCGCCAUCAGCAGGGCCAUCCGGCGCUCGCGGCUCGGGGUGUCCAACCCCCAGCGGCCGGUGGGCUCGUUCAUCUUUCUCGGCCCCUCCGGCGUGGGCAAGACCGAGGUCGCCCGCCGGCUGGCCGAAUUCCUGUUCGACUCGCAGCAGGCCCUGAUUCGCUUCGACAUGAGCGAGUACAUGGAGAAGCACGCGGUGUCGAAGAUGAUCGGCUCGCCGCCGGGCUACAUCGGCCACGAAGAGGGUGGUCAGCUCACCGAGCGGGUGCGCAACCAGCCCUACUCGGUGGUGCUGUUCGAUGAGAUCGAGAAAGCCCAUGCCGAUGUCGCCAAUCUGCUGUUGCAGAUCCUAGAAGACGGUCGCUUGACCGACGCCUACGGCAACUCGGUGGAUUUCACCAACACGAUCGUGUUGAUGACUUCGAACAUCGGCUCCAAGUUGGUUCUGCGCGGCGGUCGGAUGGGCUUUGGCGACCAGAACGAGGAGAGCGCCGAGAGCCAGUUCGAGCGCAUCGAAGAACAGAUCCUCGGCGAGCUGCGGCGCACUUUUAGUCCGGAGUUCAUCAACCGGGUCGACGAGGUGAUCGUUUUCAAUCCCCUCACCACUGAGGAUCUGCGCGGCAUCGUCGACAUCCUGCUCGGCGACGUCAACCACACUUUGGCCGAGCGCGAUCUGGCGGUCGAGGUCGACGGCGCGGCCAAAGACUGGCUGCUGACCAAAGCCGGCAUCGAUCCGUCGACCGGAGCACGGCCGUUACGUCGCACCAUCCAACGUCACAUUCAAGACGCCGUCGGUAAGACAGUGCUCGAGGGGCAAGUCGAGGUCGGUGCCAACAGCGCGAUCGACCGAGCAAUGCUAGAAGAGACCCGGAUCGGCGCUGGCAGCAAGCUCGACAACCUGGUGCAAAUUGGCCACAACGUGCGGCUUGGCAAAGGCUGUGUAUUGAGCGGCCAGGCCGGCGUCGCGGGCAGCGCCCAGCUCGGCAACUACGUGGUGAUGGGCGGCCAGUCGGGCGCCGCGGGUCAUUUCGAGAUCGGCGAUGGGGUGCAGAUCGCCGCCAAGUCAGCGGUUUUGCAGGAAGUGGCGGCGGGCUCCAAGGUGGCGGGUAUUCCCGCCGUCGAUUUGCGCAGCUGGCGCCGCCAGGCUCUCAGCUGGGGCAAGAUCGGCGAGCUGCUGCGGCGCGUGCGAGCCCUCGAACGGCGUUUCAGCCGUGACAAGAACGCGGGGGCGCGCCUCGCCGAAACUAACCCCGAGACUCAGCGCGGUUGGGGGAUCGAGGUGAACUCCCUACGAGAUGACUUCGUUCCGCCGGAGAUAAUCGUGGCACUCACAGCGUCCCUCGGGGCUGGCAUCUUCGUGCUGCUGGUGAUCUGCACCAACGUCGCCGGCCUGCUGUGGCGAAGUGUCGUGCCCGGAGUCGAUGCGGUCGGCUUCAGCAACCGGCUGCCGGCUGUUUCGCGACGUUCGAUCGCGCUUGAGCCCGAAGGUCGGGCGUUGGCCGAAGGCGAGGAGAUCGGGGCCGCGAUGCAUUUGGUGGGAGGUAGCUUCCUCGAGACCCUCGAGAUACCGCUCGUCGCCGGCAGGCUUUUCACCGCCAGCGAGAUUUGCCCGCUAGCCGUGCCGCUAGCCGUGCCGCCGGCCUCGACCCUAGCGCGGCCCUGCGGGCUGACUGACGGGGCCCACAACUCCCUAUUGGCCUCAGAUUAG